AUGGACAAGUGGUGCGACACAGAUGAUGAAGGAGACCAUUUGACUGAGGGCCCUUGGAUACCCUUGGUCAACGAUCCUCGGACAACCACGGUGGUGGACACGUCGGGGCUCCACUCCCUGAUGAUCAAAUUCUGUUGGUGCACCAACACACUAAGCCCUGACAUGCAACUAUUUGAAAUGGGCCUCUUCCCGGCAUCUUUCACUUCGCCGAAGACGGCAUUCACAUUUGCGGUGUUGGAUGACUUCCUGUUGGACAACCUGGAAUGCGAGACUUCCGCCAUGAACUACUACAGUAAAUUGAGGAGAGUUACUUCCAGCGUGUUUCCUCAUCUGGUUCUGGACCGAUACAGGGAAUUGGUGAGGGUGGGUAGGCAGUGGAAGCAAGUAAAACAGCCCAAGUGGCAUGGGUUCGGCCAUGAGAAGAGAAAGCCAAAGGCAGGGGAGCUUGCACUCUUCUGUCCUGCAUGUCCACAGCCUGGGGUGAAUGUCAAUUUGUCAGACAGGAAUGGGUCCGACCCUGCAUGGUUGUAUUCAAGAUCUUUGGUCAUGGAUGGCAAUUUCAAGGCCGAACAUUUGUAUCCGGCCAAUCUGACUGAUGAGGUGGCAUUGACCGAUGGCUUGGGCUUCAUGGCGCAGGACACAGUGCAGAGAUCAGAUUGCAACAACCACCAAGUGGUCAACCAGGCAAAUGCAUUGCGCCACAAGCUCAAGGCAACAGGGAUAGGCGGGUGUGCUUGCACCAGACAUGGGUGUUUCAUUCCCCAUUCAAUGGUGGACUUUCAGAAGGGGGAAAGGUUCGCCGUCCAAUAUACUGGGUCGGCCGAGUUGAGCUGA